CGUUAUACCUACGCUGCCCACACACGAUCUUUCCUCCAUCAACCUCAGCGAGGGAAAAUCGGCGGCGAGAUCGUCGCGGCGGGGACUUCUACCUUUGACUCUCUCUCUCCCUCUCUCUCUCUCUCUCUCUCUCUCUCACACACACACACACACACACAUACACACAGACUUCUCUAGUCCACUCCCGACUCGAUCACAAGUGGCCCCUCUUUCCAUUUUCAAACCCCUUUCGUCUCUCUUCGCUAUCAGGCCAUUUGUCCUCCUCCUCCUCCUCUCCUCUCUCUCUCUUGACUUUCGAUCACCCUUUGAGAAUGUUGUGUUGAGGUCGAUGGGCUAUGGCGGAACCUCCGGGCGCGAAUGGGAACAAGCUUCUGAAAGGGGUUUUUGCGACGAGCGGUAUCAUGGUCACUCUCAUCAUCUAUGGUUUUUACCAGGAAAGGAUCAUGACCAUUCCAUAUGGUGAAGAACGAUUUAAGUACUCUUUAUUUCUUGUCUUUUGCAACCGUAUCACAACAUCUGCUGUUUCUGCAGCUGUGUUAUUGGUAAGUAAAAAAUCUGUGGACCCUGUUGCUCCUGUUCAUAAGUACUGCCUUGUAUCAGUGUCAAAUAUACUAACGACAACAUGCCAAUAUGAGGCCCUCAAAUAUGUCAGCUUUCCUGUUCAGACCCUCGCGAAGUGUGCCAAAAUGAUACCUGUCAUGGUUUGGGGCACUCUCAUUAUGCAGAAGAGGUACAAGGGACAUGACUAUCUGUUGGCUGUUCUAGUGACUCUGGGUUGUGCUUUAUUUUUUUUAUAUUCGGCAGACAAGAGUUCACGUGGUAAUGAGAGGGAAAACACUGUUUGGGGUGUAUCCCUAAUGAUUGGUUAUCUUGGGUUUGAUGGCUUUACGAGCACAUUUCAAGAUAAACUCUUUCAAGGUUAUGAAAUGGAAAUACACAAUCAGAUAUUUUACACAACUAUGUGUUCUUGCAUUCUCAGCUUGACUGGUUUGAUAUUACAGGGACAUCUUCUUCCUGCAGUUGAGUUUGUUUCUCGCCACUCUCAUUGUUUGUAUGACAUUGCAAUGCUUUCUAGUGCAGCAACAAUUAGUCAAUUCUUCAUUUCCUACACAAUUCGGACAUUUGGUGCUCUCACAUUUGCCACCAUAAUGACCACAAGACAGUUGAUUAGCAUUGUGAUUUCGAGUAUUGUGUUUGCCCAUCCUCUCACCUGGGAACAAUGGAUUGGAGCUGUCAUUGUGUUUGGUUCCCUCUAUACAAAAAGCUUCUUGAGAAAUGUACCUCAGAAACCUCCACUCCCAGUAGAUACGCAAAAUGGAGAAUCUCAUUCAUUGAGGGGGAACCUCUAAUACAGAAACAGAUUUUGAGUUUUACUUUUUUACUCACAUUUGAUGGUUCAGGAACGAAGUUAACUGUUUGAUUGAAGGAAGCCCCAAAUGUAGGUGCAGAGCUGCAAGCAUAUCAGAGCAGAUACCAAACAGGGAAGAGAUGCAUAUUAGGAAAAGUCAACAGGGAUGCAGGAGGUUGGCCUCCAUCAAGACCGCUCUCCUGUAAGUGAUUCUUACUUGACAGCAUCCUGUUUGGUCGGAUUCUAAUGUCAUGACACCCCAUUUUGCAUAGGCUAGACUAACUUAAGCUACAAAAAAUGUUUUCCUUUCAUAUUUUGAAUACAAAUGAUUCAAGGGAAGAAAAUGUAUAAUGCAAUUGCUCAAACAACAUAUUGACUUCUUGUUUAUGUAAUUCAGUUAACAACCCCACUCCCCCUUCCCCGGCAGCUAAAAAAAAAGAAGCGUCACAUGCGCAAACUCAAACAACAGGAUUUAAGAGGGAAUCCCCUUUAUGUAUGCCUGGAUAUUGGAAUGCAACUUGUGCAAUGUUUGGUAUAUUAGAAUGAAACAAAAGCGGAUGAAGUUAAACUUUA